AUGACCUAGCCCAAACUUUUUGAGAGUUUGCCAAUCUAGUAUCAUGAAGAGCUCAGAAAGCAGUUGUUUUAGGAGUCUGCUGCUCAAUUAAUGACUCUCUAUAAAGAGAGCAUAAAGAGAUGCGAAGAGUCAUAUUUCCAGGGCAAGGAAGAUGCUUACUAGGAAAUCCUCAAAUGGUUUAUGAGCUUUAACAAUGGCGACUUCAAGCAUGUUAGCACUUACGAAUUCUUCAAUUUCAUCACCGGCAAGCUUUAAGAGCACAGAACAACAAAGAAAAAAUCCCCAAGCGGGAUAAAUCUGACCUCUACCACUUCUAAUUCAGGGAUUCCUAUGGCAUCAGCAACUGGUCAGAAUCUAGUGGGCUAAUAGUCUUUAAUCUAAUAGCAAACUACAAAUUUAAACUCUACUUAAAGAUGUCAUUAAAAUCAACAAAUUUAAAUCAGAGAUAAUGCGACUAAUUAGCUUUAGAGUUAAGGUUCUAAUUUGUUGACAGAAGUUCCUUCCUAAGGCAACAAUAAUUUAAGACCAAACAAUAUCAGCAAUAACCUUGGUGCUGGCAUAAUCGGUGGAACAAAUCAGGUUUUUGCUAGUCAAAAGGAUAAUUAUAUUGACAUUUUAGCAACGGUCACCGAGAUGGAGGCCUUAAAUGAAAGAAUCAAUAUAGUGCAGAAGAUUAAUUUCAAUUUAAGUAAUAUCAAAGUCUAAGAUUCUAAGAAAAGAAGAAGACCAAAUUCCAAUUAUUAAGAUUUCCAGCACAUUCUUUCGAAAAAUUAAAUUGGCAAGUAAAGUUAAAAUGACUUUGAGUACUCUAUGGAAGAAGACGCUUUGUCUAAAUAAUUCUACAAUAAGAUUAGAUUUAAGCCUUCAGCAGAGAAAACUGAUAGUAGCGGUAACUACAACAACAAUGGGGGAGUUUCAAAUUACUUUUACCUGAAUAAUGGAAAUCUAAAUAAUGGUGAAUAGCAACUACCUGCUUUCCAUCGAUAACAGCAAUAAGAAUAAUAAAAUAGUCUGUCUAAUUCUGGAGGGCAAGAUUUCUAAUCGCUACAUUAAUAAACUCAGAGAAUAAAGUAGUCUUAAAAUUUUUAAAGUUAGGAAUAAAUUGUCAAUGACUCAAGAGACUAUCAUUAAAAUUCUGUUUAUGAAUAAAGACUUAAUCAUUAAUAAUGA